GACAAAUUCGAUACGUUUUUUUCCAAUACAGCCACAUUUUAAUUCGAUUGCGAUUUGAAAAGAUUUAUAUCUGUUACAACUAUGAACGAAACAGAUCUAGAACCGGUCGCAGAAGAUAUCGUCAUUCGACUUGAGGAUGUGCUGGAGUAUGUUGGUGAUUCUGUUAGACCGAUAAGGGAAGGCCUAGCGGUGUUAAGUGCUAACCAUAUUGUAUGCAUAGGUUACACCAGCAGAUCUGGUAUGUAUAUCCAUGCCAAAGGAUAUGUUUUACAAAGCUCUCAUCCUGGAGGGAUCCCACACGAAGUGUCACUCAAAAUUUGUCAAAAUCACCAGUUUUGGGACCUGAAUUGCUCUUGUAAGGCUGGUACAAGACGGUGUAAACAUAUCGUGGCGUGUUUGUUGCGAAUCAACCAAUGCAACAGACUCGAAAAAAUUUCCUGCACGGAUUCUGCCCAGGCUUGGGGAUAUUCAAAAAUUGAAAAAACAAGUCUUUGGGGUGCAAAACUGAUUCAAGACUUAUGUUGUGUGAGGCAACGUAAACCCAACAUUUGCGUUGACGUUGGAACGAAGGAGCAACUACUUUCAGAAUCUUUUCGAAAGAUUAUCGCUGUAUCAUCUCAAUCCGCAAUUGCUAAGCAUAUGGUUGGACGUCACGAAAACAUUAUUCAAUUUCGUACUGGUAUAAGCUCUAUUGCUCAUGUACAUACGGACAUUUAUUGUACAGAGCAGGAAUUGCAGUCUGUUCUUUUCAGUGGAAAUGAUGUGACAGAACUUGCUAAAACUCACUUCAUUGAUCAUUCACACCAGGUUUUCUACGAAAAAUUUGUAUGUGUUACGCAGCAGCAGGUAUGUCAGAUUGCUAAGGAAACAUGCGCUCAAAAUAAUAAGGCUUGGAAAAUACAGCGAUCUAGGCGUAUUACUGCAAGUUCAUGCUACGGUCUGUUCACCUACUCCAAAAAUCCAAAACCUAACUGGGAGAAAAAAAUAUACCAAUAUUUAAAACCCAGUAACUUCCAAACCAAAAGUACGCGCUAUGGGAAGCAAACUGAGGAGACGGCUUUCUUGUGUUAUGCACAAAAAAGGAAUCCUGCCAUUAAAAAAACUGGUUUUGUUAUUAAAUACGAGGACCCAUGGAUCGGAGGUAGUCCAGAUGGUUUGGACACCAUGGCACGAAUUGUCCUGGAGAUAAAAUGUCCUGCUGCAGGAGAAGAACAUGAUUUGCACUGGAUAAUGGCAAACUGCUCAUCCACACAGCGAUACGUGAAGAUUGAUGGAGAUGCAAAAUAUUACUUAAAUAGGAAACACUCAUAUUAUGCACAAUGUCAGGUUAAUAUGCAUAUUUUAAACUGUGAAACAACUGAUUUCAUUGUUUAUUCGAAACAAGAGAACGAUUUUAUUGUCAUAGAGGUCGGUUACGAUAAAACCUUCGCAGAAGAACUGCUGCAUGUCCUGAAAAAAAUUUAUUUUUCAGAAAUUUUGCCAAAACUGUGUAGAUAAUUUGUUGUAUCUCCAAAAAGUUAACAAUAAACCGAUUUUACCCUACAAUUAGACUAAUAAGACUAAACCAUAAAGUCCUCUGAUAUAUCAAGAAGUCGUUAAAAGAUAAACACGAAUAAUAAAGCAAUACAGGAAGACAGUACAGCUUUGAAGACGCAAACCGUAUAAACUUGCUCCGGUAUUUCUUAUAUAUCUAGAUAAACAUGUGAAAAGGGCCUAAGCGCAAAUGAGAGCCCCUGUGUUUACUUUCUCUUUCGAUAAUAAUGACGUCAUCACAAAACUUCCCAACAUUGUUUCAAUAAAUAUCGAAGGCCUCUGAUGUCUAGCAUAUUAUGCUAAGAAUUAAGGAGCAAACGUAAAAGCGACCGAUUUAUUGACGGAAGAUAAAGUAAAGAAAGAGUUAUGCUCCUUUCACGUGUUUGUCUAGAUAUGGUGGGAGGUUCUGUAUUAUCAGCUGAAGAGCACCAUAGUCAUAGGAAAUUCUUUCGGACAUUUUCCGGAAUAACUCCCGGAUUCAUUGGCAACGAUGAUUAUAAAGUUUAACGACGCUAAGCAUUUCGGCGGCCCAUUUCGGAAGAUUUUUAUUAUUCAGCAUCAACUCAAGUAGUGCAUAUAAUUCAUACAGGAAACAGCAUAUACUACCACGAUACACAUAACAGUCCUGUUUGCCAUGGCUUUACUAUCAAGGUGGAACUAUUAUAUGUAACUCGGAAGUAUAGUUGAUAUAGCAAAAGAACUCAGUAAGAUGAUUAGUAUGUUUUUAUUCGGUUACAUCAAAUAUCUGUUAAAUGUAUUAUUGCGGAACAGAAAAAAAUAUAUGAAUUGCUCAAAACUUAUCGUCUCGUAAUAUCGGCGCUGAUAUAUUAACGAUCCCGCAGACAACAUUCAUUAUUUCAUCAACGUGUUUCAAUG